AUGCACACAAUCCCAGCACCAGAAGAGAGGGAGGUGGAAGUGGGGGAGGUGCAAGUGGGAGAGGCGCAAGUGGGAGAGGCGCAAGUGGGGGAGGUGGAGAUGGGGGGGGUGUUGGGGCGGCCAGUGGAGGACAUUCGGCGGAGGUGGCUUCUGUUGAAGAAGGAGAUAGGCAGGUGGCAGUACGCUUCUGAGUUCCGACCUGCCUCGUGCCUCGUGUAUACUAUGCAGAGUGCUGCUGACGUGGAGGCAGUGCUGAACGAGGUGGCAUUCAUGAAGGAACUCAAAGGCCAUGCCAACAUCAUUCGGAUCAAGCACGCUCACGUGCACGUGGUGAUGGAGCUCUGUGAGUGGGGGGACCUGUUUGACUGCACUGACUCGCACUGA